UCCUCCACUUCCCUCUACUUCAGUUGCUCUGCAUGAUUGAUUCAGUCGCUGGUGCCAUUUCCGCUGCUGCUCACACUGGUUGAUUCAAAUUAUAGAGCCUGCACCAUCCCCUACCGAUUCGCUUCCGAUAAUCCUCUCAAGCCCACUCCCAUUGCGCUCUAAUGGAUCGGCGUCUUCUACAACUCCAUCCCUUCCCUCAACGGCGAGUUUGAAAGGCUGCGGCGAACGGCGACCGGUGACGAGCGAUCGGCGGCGAGUUUGAAGGCGACGACGAGCGGCUAUUUUCGAACCACGACUGCGGCUUGGAAUAUUUUAACCCCAUUCUCCUGUAACUGAACUCUUUUUUUUCCAAGAGCAAUACUUGAUGGAGUUUUGUAAGACGGAUUCUCAAGAACUUUUGUUACAGAUUCGGCGCCAAGAGGAGCUUUUGAAAUCUAAAAGAAGAUGGCUGCUGGGGCUUCCUACAUCUGUACCUAGUCUAAAGCAUUUUGAUCAUUCAGACUUUUUAAAUAAAAAAAACUUGCCUGAGUCAUUGCUGAGGGAAGAUGAUGUUUUCUAUGAGACUGUCAAGACAAGAGUUGAAGAAGCUUUUGGAGCUUUAAAUGUUGAAACAAGUCGUCUUGGUAUUCCAGUUGAUCAAAUGUUAGAUACUUGCAAAGUUAGAAAACUCAUCUUGUCAUGUCUUAAUGAUCUGAGCACCAAUGGACUUUACCUUCUUGCUGUAAUAUUUACAGAAGACUCUGUCAGAUUGGAAAAAACUCGCUGCAAGCUGAAAAGGGUUAUCAAAGAGUUUAUUCCAAAAGUUCUGAGAAGGGAAAGUCAAGAUUGCCAUCAAUUGGAAAUUGUUAAACGAUUGGCUCAGCUUCUCAAUGACCCAAAAACUUUCCGUAGAGGAUGCCGAAGAGGAUGCGCAGCAACUUCGACAUCAAGUUUGCCAUCUUUGCAGGAUGCUGCAUCACAGGUUCUGUAUAGAUUAGGAGACCUGCCCACCCAAGGUCUCAUAGCAAUGCAUCGAAAACUUUCAGGAGUUCGAGUUAUGCCUCAGAUGAAACGUCACAAGCAUGGGUGGGGACGUGAUCGUCUUAUUAAUGUUCUUACAAAAAUUAGUAAGAAGAUGCUUUCAUCUCUUCGAGAAGGAGAUAAAUUACAAGAAUCACUUGCAAAAGCUAUGGCCAUGGCUGAAUUAUCACUUAAGCUGGUAUCAGGUCACCACAAUUCAUCCAUAAUUGAGUUUUAUCCCUUCUCACCUCAAAUAAAAACCUUGCAUAAUGAAAUAGUAAAAGCCAUAUGGUUUGUUAGAAAGAAGAGUGACUUUCGGAAGCUCAAACAGUUGAAGUCUUUGUUGGAUCCUGAUUCUAAAGUGCCCAAUAGGUGCUUAAGAACAGCUAUUAAGCAGAUGUUAAUAGACUAUCUUUUUGAGUGCUGUGAUAUGGACGCUGUGCCAAAGUCUCUUUUGAAAGCUUUAGCUAUGAUAAAUGCAGAUUCUCGAAGUGCGUCACAUUCAUUUUUCUCGCAAGAUGAAACUGAAGAGGAGGUUGAAUGUGUAUUUAGUCUGAGUGCUCAAAUGAAACAAGUAGUUUGGGAUUUACUACCUAACCGUGAAUUUGAACACGAAUUUGUUGAUGCAUAUAUGGAAGAGUUAGAAGAAAGUGAUGACGAUUUUGAUGAUGAUGGCAGUGGUAGUUGUGAUGGUGGCUUGCCUAGAGACGACAAUGGGUCCCAUUCUUUUUAUGUUGAAGGUAUGGGGGAAUCUAUGCCAGGCAAUCUGGGGUAUUCAUCAGUGGGGAAUGUCUUGUCCCCUAGUCAGGCGUCCAUGAAAAGUCCUGAUGUUAGGCCUCUCCAAUGUUCAGAACUUACGCAUUUUACCAGGGAGGGCUCUUUAGAUUCUUCUUUUAAUUUCUGCUCUUCAUUCAUGGAAUCCAAAGUUCAGAUAGAUACAUAUAACUUAUCUUCUAACCAACAAGUGGGGAACAAGGACACCAUCUCAUUUUCACAUCAUAUAGAUGACUCUCCUUCCUCCAAGUUCACACCAAAUAUUUUGUUGGAUAAGAGCACAAUUGAUCUUGCAAAAACCCCCUGUUUAAGUUCUUUCAACAUGUCAUGUGCAAUGCCUCAGAUGGAGCCUAGUAAACCAAGCCCGUUUAAGAAUCAAUACCUCAUGAUUCAAGAAGCUUGUGAUGGAACUAGCAUGAUUGCUUAUAAUUUCAUUGGCCGUUUGCUAGAAGAGUUUGCAAAGAGUGAAGGCGUAGACUUAGAUUGGUGCGCUAAUUUAUAUCUUAGUACCCACUGUUCAAUUGAAGAAGACCUUCCUGAAGUUGAACAGACUCAUACUAAAGCGAAGAGAAGCGAUUCAGUAAUUAUUCAAGUUUGUGAAGAGUUAAUACCUUCUCUCUCUGAGAGUGGAACAAAGAGACUUCAACUGCUGCUGGGAUUGUGAUUCUCCAGGGAUUUUGGCUGAUCUGAAUUAGCUGUUGAUCUCUGGGCAGCCCCAACAACAGCGGAGCAACCAGAAUUGAAUCACUUGAGUUCAUCUUGGGGCAAAAUGAAGAAGUGGUAUUGCGUUUGAGGAUGUUCAUCCGAGGCAUUUUUGGCGACACUAUAAGCGUGCAUGCAUCCAUUAUGACCCCAGAAAACACAGAACUGCUUCAGAAGGAAAUUUAUGCUUAUUCUUACUCUGAAGAAGAUAAAGAGUUUAAGCUUCCGAAACUGUUGAGUUCACUGGUGAUGAGGCUACGAAACGGAAUUUAAAAUUGCUGAUCAGGUCUCUGAGCUUACCAUGAGGCAAAGAUGUGAUUGAAAUUAGGCGACAUUGUAUCGGUUUCGAUCUGUUCAUAUUGCAAAGUGCAGAGUGUUAGAUGAAUGGCUCUGAUACCAUGUUAGAUGAACACGACUCUCCACAAUGGAAUGAUAUUGUCACUUCACAAUCACACUCUUGAUGGCAGCGGACUUGCGAUUGUGCGGCACUCACUUUCCAACGACAAGUGAGCUAAACCAAUUUGUUCUUAUGUCGCCUACGACCAAGCGACGUAUGCUCGAGUCUCUGACCUCGGUUUAAGAAGUUUUAGAAAAUGAGGGCAGAGAGAGAUUUUGA